GCAGGUAAAACCUGUUUCAUGAGACACGCAAUGCGUCAUCUGAUGCCAAACUUCUCACUUGAUCUUGACGACACGAUUAUACUUUGAAUCAGUUGUUGUCGGGCACACGACGGAACAACAAGUUGCGUUUAAGGUGGUCCCUUAGAAAACUCUUUCACAAUGAACUUGUUUUGGGGAAUGAGGGGUUUUGGCCUUCAGCUAGUGUUGCUGUUUCGAACCAUUGCGGACGUGCAAAUGCAAUCAUUCUACGAUGUUCCUCCAUCGGAAUACAUUGAUCGUACUUCAAUGAAGGACUUUGCAAAACGAUUAUAUUCGGAUGUUACAUGAUUACACCGGCUUCUACGGUGCAUUUGGUGGCUUUAGAGCUCUUCGCGGCGAGUUCCAGCAUAUGGUGGCGAUCGGCUGGACGCGUGCCAGUGGUAAAAUUGAUUACCUCUGCGGUGGCACCUUGAUCAGCAAACAGUUCGUAUUGACUGCGGCACACUGUGCCUGGGAUGGAGACAAUCUUCGUCCAGAUACGGUGCGACUAGGCGAUACGGAUCUGGGAAGUACCGAGGAUGACGAGUUUGCAACUUUCAGGAGGAUCAAUUCUGUGCGGCUAGCAGUGGUAUGGAUACUAGCGAGGGUGAUUCCGGUGGUCCGAUCGGUAGUUGGAUUCAGUUUUUCUGAGAUGGAGUCGGAGUGGAUCCACUGCUCCAGUCCGGAGUACCCAUCACUUCUGUCCUGCCAAACCGCUCUCAUUAGCAUAUCGACACUCUGGCGGGAUUUCAGCGUUUCUGCUACGAUGUGCAAAAUGCUUACACAAUUAACAGUCGUGCUCACGUUAGCAAGUAUAGCUUUGGGACAACAUUUUUUAGAUCAACCUCCUAUAAAUUACACCGAAGGAAACAGCUUUGAUGACUGUGAGAUACGUUUCGUUACGAGCUACGAUCAACAUGAAAGUGAGAGAAAAUUACAUAGCAGGGUAACGAAUAUAGAGAUUAGUGAACGCAUUACAGCGUAUGGUGGGGAACGAGCCUAUAAGGGAGAGUUUCAACAUAUAGCCGCGAUCGGUUGGACCAGAUCAGGAGCAACGAUUGAUUACCUUUGUGGAGGUAGUUUAAUAACUUGGAGAUUCGUUUUAACAGCCGCACAUUGUUCACAAGACAUUAACUACCUACCACCGGAUACAGUACGAUUGGGAGACACAGAUCUCGCUAGCACGGAUGAUGACAAAACGGCACAACAAAUUCCGAUCGCACGCUUCAUCAAACAUCCGCAGUAUCGAGAAUCGAGAAAGUAUUACGACAUUGCAGUUGUAGAACUCGAGAAAAAAGUUAUACCAAAAGGUGCCAUUUGUGUAGCGUGCGUAUGGCGUGAACUGGAAGCUCCUGGAGACCUGCUGGACGCGGUGGGUUUUGGUGCUCUUGGGUUUGGAGAAAAGCUAAGCCCAACCCUGCAGAAGGUGAAAUUACAGGCGCUAGACGCGACGAUAUGUGCUAAGCGGAUACCGACCAAUCGACGUCAAAUGCCGGAAGGCUUGCGUGAUGAUCAGCUGUGUGCGCAUAGUGAAACCAUGGACACAUGUGAAGGCGACUCGGGAGGCCCACUACAAACGGAUCGACACGAUUUGUUCGGCAACACCUUCCCCCUUGUGGUAGGUGUGGUAUCGUUUGGAACUCCUUGCACUGAUGGGUCGACAGGAGUGUACACAAGGGUUAGCUCGUACCUAGAUUGGAUCGAGAAGGAAGUAAAUCAGUCGCUUAGCUACGAGGUUUGUACUGGAGUGAACGUUUGCGAUCGUAAAUUCAACCCUUUCAUAUCUCCUACGAUUGAGCCGAAAUGGACAAACAGUCGCGUUGGACUGUUGUGGAAGGAGACCGAAACGGACGUCUAUCAGUGUGGUGGACUCUUGAUUGACUAUCAGUUUGUUGUUACGUCGGCAGACUGUGUAACUUUCAGCAAAGGACCUCCAACAUACGUAGCCUCUAGCUCUGACAGUGAUCGUGCUGCUAUAGAAGAAGUGUUUGUUCAUCCACGGUUCACAAAGGGACAACCUUACUUCGAUAUCGCUAUUAUAAAGCUACUAAAGUAUGCAAAUUUAGAUGAAUUGUAUCCGGUUUGUUUAUGGUCAGAGGAGAGGCAUGGUGACUGGAGACAAGUCAAUCUUCUGGCUGGAGCAUCGGUACCGCAAAUGCGAAGCUACGUGGAAGAAUUCAACAUCAGCGUGAAAAGUUCUGUACAAUACGACGUUGAUGGUUACGACUGCAGUGUAGGGGAAAAUGUUGCUCACAACGAUUUGAAAUGUAUCAGUAACGAUCGGACACUGGUACCAGGAUUGUGUGAGGUUGACUAUGGAGGUCCAGUAAUGACGAAAUACUACGAUGAACAGUUCAAGGUACAUGGUAUUGUUUCCCGUUUGACGCAGGGCUGCGGAAGCGAUGUGAUCUUUACCAGUUUGGCACCUCAUAGGCAAUGGUUGGAAUCGAUCAUCUUUAAACAGUUGAAUGAGAGGCUUGUAUUUAGCGAUAAGUUAAGGUAAAACAAUCGUAAUAAAAUAGCAAAUAGUUGAGUUCGUCAAUCAA